AAAAACGCGGGGGCAACGCUGCCGCAGUUGCUUGCAGCUUUCGCCGCAGCCGCUGUGUCUCAGUUUGGGAUGUACCACAAACCCGUCGACGAGGGGCCGGACUGGGCGGCCACCACCACUUUCUCUGCCUUCUACUAGCUGCCGCCGCGAUACAUACACCUAUGUUACAAGCAGCGUCGCGCCUCUUCUGCAAGCCUGUUGCGGCUCCCGUGUGAUUUGCUUCUGCUUCCUUCUGAGGAGCUAGCACGCCUGGCAUCUAAUCUGAUGGCCGGGGUCAUAAAAUGGAAGAUGAUGUCAUGUGGAUGGCAAGAUCGUGCACAAAAUGGGAGGAAAAUCGCCAAAGUUGCAGGAGGUACCUUAUCAGUGGCACCUAAUAGAUACAAGUUUCAAAAUUACGAGCAUUUUGGAUAUAUAGGUGAUUCUGCGGAGAGCUUCAUUUGCCGUCCAUUGAAGUCAGAACUAAGAAGUAAGGUAGGGCUCUAUGUUGCUGUGAAGGUACACAAUAAGGAUGCCGAUGGAAGCUGCAACUCCGAAGUUGCUGAUGAGGACAAUGAGACAUUGUCUAAGGCCUCUCGAGAAAUGGAAGUAAAUCAUUUGGGGGCAUUGAGAUGCUAUUUUUCUAAACUAAACACUGAAAAAACCCAGAAUCCAUAUUAUUCUUUGCAUCUGAAGAAUAACGAGGAAACUCUAUCCAAGACUACAGAAGAAGCAAACGUGGUUAAUGAUUAUGGCAAUUUCAACAACACAUUGGAUUCAUUGGAAGUCCGUUUCAACAGACGAAACACAGGUACAAAAGGUUACCUAAGUACCGCCAUUGAGGAUUACACAAAUUAUUUGAUGUUUGACGAGAAGAACUUCUUGGACAUGCAGAAAGAGGACCAAACAUCCAGUUUUUGUUUGACAAAUUUACUAGCUGCGAUCAAUAUUGCAGUUUUGUUGUUCGAAAUAGCAAGUCCAGUGAGAAAUUAUGAUAUUGAAAAUCUCUCUCUCCCUUUGAUGUAUGGCGCCAAGAUAAAUGACCUAAUACUAUCGGGGGAAUGGUGGAGACUUCUAACGCCAAUGUGCUUGCACUCUGGGCUGUUGCACAUAGCACUUGGAUGUUGGGUGCUGCUCACCUUCGGGCCUCGGGUGUGUAGAGCCUAUGGUCAAGCGACAUUUUUGUUGAUAUACAUACUUGGGGGAGUCUGCGGGAACUUGACAAGUUAUGUUCACACGUCUGAGCUAACCGUCUGCGGCACAGGACCAGUAUUUGCUUUAAUUGGAGCAUGGCUUGUGUAUCAAAGCCAAAAUAAGGAUGCUGUUGACAAGAACGUUUCAGAAACUAUGUUCAGGCAGGCUGUUGUGGCAACAGCCUUAAGCUUCUUAUUGAGCAGUUUUGGGAGAAUCGACAACUGGACACAUCUUGGGGCAACGAUUUCUGGACUUCUUUUCGGGUAUUUAACCUGCCCAAGUGUGCAGCUCGAUAAGGAAGGUCAAAAGGAGGCUGUGGUUCUUGUUAGGCGACAGGCCAGUCCAUGCAAAUCCAUUGCUAUAUUUGUCAUAAGCAUAAUUGUGCUUUCCCUUUUUGCGUUUGCUUAUGGAACACAAGCCUAGAUUUUUCACAUGGUCCUAUUUGUACAUAUUAGUAGGAUUAUGGUGUUAUGACAUGGGCAACAGAUAUAUAUGGAUGUAACAUAAUCAGUUAUGUUCUUGGGUUUAAUGGAUAAUCUCCAAUGUAUUGUCGUAGUUUGUCAUAUUUUGCCACUUAAUGGAAUACUGCCAUUUAUCGAAAUGACACUCACCGAUGUAAUUGAGUGGAAGGAUAUAAAUCUAAGUAACAAUUUAUACUUAAAAUUUUAAAAUGGAAUUAUUAAUUCCGGUUUACAAGGCACUAACCGACCAGAUAGCUAUCGGUCAAAGCAAAAAAA